CAUUUCACGCUGUGAAUCGAAGAAAGCUACAGAGAGUCGACGAUCUACGCUGGUUUUCCGCAUAUUGCUGAGGUCAUUGUCAGUCAAAUCGUACGAAAAAAGUGGACAUACGUGAAAUAUACGGAAAGCUCUUCAGGUCUUUAUAAAAGGAGGCGUGAGGGAGAUGUCGACUCUAAUUUCGAUCGAUCUGCUUUCAGAUCCAGUAUUCUUAGCGGGUUUUUGGAUGUUUUGAUUUGGGAACUUUGCUGCAUUUUAGGGUUUCUGUGCUGUUUUCGUGUUUUAAUUUGGGAAUUUGGCCGAUUUUAGGGUUUCUGGCGGCUUUUUUAGCUGUUAGGUUUUAGGUUGGGGAUUUGGUAGGUUCUAGGGUUUCAGCUUGGAUCUUUUGCUGUUUUCAGCUCUCAGUCGAAGGAUCUGAGAUAUUUAAAGCUUUUUUUUUUUUUUUUUCUGUGUUGAUUGAAGUGAAAUCGGUUGACGAUCUUGAGCAACUUUGGAAUUGUAUGUUCAAAGUUCUACAAUCAUUCUUGAUUUGAUUUUCCUCCUAUUCGAAAGCUUGGCAGCUGAUUCUCGAGCUUUUGAAUUUAUUUAUUUAUUUUUUUGAAAUUUCUAUCUGAUCAGCGAAAAUCGCUCAGAUUUGAGAUUUCUUAUCUCAAGGGGUUCAGAUUUCACCUUUCGGACUCUGGAUUUCUGUUACGAGAUUUAAAUUCGAAGAAAGAUGACGACCGGAAGCCCUGCGCCGGUGAAAGAGAAGAAGGAGAAGAGACAGCGAAAAAACAAACAGGUUGCAGAUGAGAAAGCUCCUCUCUUGCCAAGCAAGCAGGAGGAAGAUGUCUCGCUUGAUGGCUUUAGCGGAGCUUCUUUUGCUGGGGCUGUGUUUAACCUAUCGACGACAAUCGUCGGAGCUGGAAUCAUGGCUCUGCCUGCGACCAUGAAGGUCUUAGGGCUUGGGCCUGGGAUUGUUAUGAUUGUAUUCGUUGCUUUCCUGACAGAGGCUUCAAUCGAGAUGCUGCUUAGGUCUAGCAGGGCUGGGAAAUCGGUUUCCUAUGCAGGUGUUAUGGGAGAUGCCUUUGGAAGAAUUGGGAGGAUGCUAUUGCAGCUCUGCGUCGUCAUUAACAACAUCGGCGUGUUGAUUGUGUACAUGAUUAUCAUUGGCGAUGUGCUUUCUGGAACAUCUUCUAGUGGAGUUCAUCACUCCGGUAUCUUGGAGGGAUGGUUUGGAGUACACUGGUGGAAUGGGCGUUUCUUUAUAUUGCUUGUUACAACUCUUGGUGUAUUUGCUCCAUUGGCUUGCUUCAAACGUGUAGAUUCAUUAAGAUAUACAUCUGCUUUAUCAGUUGCACUAGCUGUGGUAUUUGUUGUUAUAACCGCCGGAAUCACAAUCGUCAAAUUGAUAAAUGGCAGCAUAGCAAUGCCCAGAUGGCUCCCUAAUGUCACUGAUCUGACAUCAGUCUGGAAACUCUUCACAGUCGUGCCUGUUCUCGUCACGGCAUAUAUCUGUCAUUACAACGUCCACACCAUAGACAAUGAGCUUGAGGACUCCUCGCAGAUACAAUCGAUUGUGCGGACCUCACUCGGUCUCUGCUCGACCGUGUACAUAACCACCAGCUUCUUUGGUUUCCUCCUCUUUGGUGACUCAACCCUUGAUGAUGUACUCGCCAACUUCGAUUCCAACCUUGGCAUCCCAUAUAGCUCAGUGCUUAAUGACGCAGUCCGUGUCAGUUACGUUAUUCACCUCAUGCUUGUGUUCCCCAUUAUCUUCUUUGCACUCCGCCUGAACUUGGAUGGCCUUCUGUUCCCCUCGUCGGGCCCUUUGGUUUUGGAUAAUCGGAGGUUUGCGUUGAUCAGUGCAGGGCUCAUUGGUGUUGUGUUCUUGGGUGCAAAUUUCAUACCAAGCAUUUGGGAUGCCUUCCAAUUCACUGGGGCAACCGCGGCAGUUUGUAUUGGUUUCAUCUUUCCUGCUGCCAUCACCCUCAGGGAUGCCCAUUGUGUAUCGACAAAGAAGGACAAGAUCUUGUCUAUUUUCAUGAUCGUCCUGGCUGUGUUCUCCAACGUGGUUGCAAUAUACAGCGAUGCCUACUCCAUCUUCAAGAGGAGCCAGGAUGGGUCCCGCGCAUGAGCUCGGGCAGCCGCUCAUAGCGCUGGCCCGUCUUGUGUACAUAGAUGAACGGGCCGGAUUGUUAGGUGAUUUGAAAGAAAAUCAGGGAUUUUCUAGGAUAAGUAUUGUCAGCUUAAUAAGCAAAAGGGAGAUUCAACAUAUAGUUUGAAUUGGUUUCCUGGUCAUAUACAUACAUUAUUGGGUAAUAUGUGUAUCUCUAUGGUUUGUUGUUGUUGUUGUAAUGUUGCAAGUUUGAUGAGAACUGUAUUUCUCAUUCAAUUCAAGUUUGAAAGUUUCUGUUU